ACGUGGUGUGAUUUAGUUAAAAUAUCGCCACACAUAUGCGCAGGUUCAUAUCAGAUUGCCACACAUAUUAAACCAUCGGAAUCCGGAUUGCGGGCUGUUCUGAUGACACAAGAUGGCGGAAACUGAAGUUAAUGGCGUUGGAGAGCAGGGUUUGUCUUGGCCCGUUAAAGUUCUCGAUGCCAGUAAGGACGGCGAGAUCGUAAAAUUCACCAUACAAACUAACAUUGUUGAUGAAAGUGAAGAAGAGAAAGGAGUCGUCGUUCUGCGUCAGUAUAAAGACUUAGAGUGGCUUUAUCACUGUUUAAUAGCUCACAACAAUGUGGAUGGAGUUGUUAUACCACCAUUACCUCCAAAGCCCGUGACCACCGUCAGCGCUGCAGAAGCAAAGUCUAAAAAGCAACUUGGGAAAGAUGCUAAAAACAUGGUUGCUGAUGAGUUUUCAAGAGAUUGUCGUAACAUGGAGAAAUUUCUUCAACUUGUUGUUGCCCACCCAGCCUAUUCAAAAGAUGAAGAUUUGCAAAAGUUUCUGAAAGAGGAAAAU